GUUUAAUACAGUUUGUGACUUGAGGAUGGGCACAUAUAAAUGUGAAUGUGAAUGUGAGUGACCUUAGAGACUACUGCAACUUUCAACCAAACCAUCCAGCUGUGAGGACUCUGCACCUGCUGCCAAGAUGAGUGAGAGACCAGAGGUGAGAAACAUUCCCUUCAGGUUAGGAAUGUACUUGACUGUCGGAGGUGUCGUCAACUCCAAUGCAACUCGUUUCUCAAUCAAUUUGUGCCCAUCCGACGAUUCAAUUGGAAUGCACAUCGACCAUCGGUUCAGCUAUGGUGCGGACCAAAAUGUCCUCGUCUUAAACUCCCUGGUUCACAAUGUUGGUUGGCAGCAGGAGGAGCGGUCCAAGAAGUUCCCCUUCAGUAAAGGGCAGUCUUUUCAGACAACCAUCACAUUUGACACCAACACGUUUUAUAUUGAGCUAAGUAAUGGUGAGACAGUGGAGUUCCCCAACCGCAGUAAAGAUGAAGUCUUCAACGUAAUUUACCUGGCAGGAGAUGCUAGACUCACGUAUGUGAGACUAGAAUAAAGCCCAACCAGGUGCUGCGGGAUAUUCCCUUUCCAGCUGCUGAUUGGCUGCUCUGCUUCCUCCAGACUGCUUUUUGACUAUAAAUCCAUUCUAUGAUAGUGCGUCCCCUCCCCCUCCCAAACCUGUACCUUUAGUUUAAACUGCCCUGGUGUCUGUGCAAACUCACUGAGUAUGGGAGUCUGUCCUUUGACAAUAAAUUGCUAGCAAGACAA